AAAUGAAUAAAGAUUAUCUGACUAUGCAAAAAGCCUGAUGGACUAGAUUUUCGUGCGAAGACGGAAUGCUGGAGUGAUAGGAACUAUUUAAAUGGAUCAUUGGGAUUAAUUUCGCAACCUUUAAAUUUCACUUUGAACGAUCAGCAAGAAAAAUGAAGAGGCUGGGCUUCAUUCUGUGCUGUGUGGUUUUGACACAUGGUGAUUUGUAUAUCACCAAUCCAAGAGGAAGCAAUAACAGACUGAAUGGUAAUGGUCGGGAAGUGAGAAAUAACAAGAGGUUAUUCGAUUCCCAAAAUAACAACCGCGGUGGAUACAAUGUGGGAGACCCUAUGUACUACUACGAGGGAUCUACACUUAGCAUAGAGUGGGCUAACCAGCACAGCUGCGCGGACCAGAACGCUAACUGCGAGCUUAUAUUGCAGUACAUGUGCGAUGACAAGAUCAGAGACGGAAGAACGACUCGGACGAUUCGGGACAACCAGGACCGAAAUACAGGCUUUGGGAUGCACGAAGAAUGGCAACACUAUCUGUACUGUCGCACUAGGCGUAGAAACCAGGGGCUUUUCUUGGCAGAUCAGAACCUUGGGCGCAAUGAUGCUAGAUACACAAGACAGAACGCAGGUGGCACUAAACGUGGUUACGAAUGUCCAGAAGAGAGAGACUACUAUCCCUAUUGGCACCACUCCCCUUGGAAGGACAUUGCCGUCUUGACCAAUGACGUUGAACGCUGCGACUAUUACCAGCAAGAGAGUUUCAAUGUGAAGUCCAGAUGGUCGUGUGUCAUCGACAGAAACCAGCUGAAUAGAUAUUAUCGCAGGAAUAUUGUCAUCCCAGACAACAAAGAGGAUUGUGAGAACUUCAAAAUACGCGGAAGAUCGGUAGGUGCACAGUGGACUGAGUUUCCUGCACAUGGUCUUCCGCCGCCACAGUGUAUCAAGGCUCCCUGGUCACGUGACAACCACAACGGCAACGGGAUUGGAGGAAAUUUCAAUACAUACGAUUGGGUAAUUCCGGAGGGUAUUGCUCAUGAGAAAUGCGUCUUACGGAUGAGAUACAACAUUUCUACUAACGAUUACGACUCUUGGAACACAGAUGCGUCUUCCAACACUGAUAGCGACACAGACGGUUCCAAAAUUGACCUUUUAAAGACCUUCAAUUUUCCCGACCAAGAAACUGCUGAAGCACGCGGCUAUGUCUUCCAGAAUAACCCGGAUGUUGAGGUGUUUCCGGACCUCGAUGUGAAGCUUGCAUUGGCCAUCAACACGGCUCAGUUUGGACGUACUUUUCAGGACAGGUCCCAUGUGUUCGAAAUUAGGCAGAGACCUGCCGAGCUGAAAGACGUCACCAUCCACAAUUUGAACGUGAGAGGAAAGCGCGGUAACAACCAACAGGUGUACCCAGCAGUGGAAUACGACUUUGUCCCCAACACUUUGGAGAUAAACACUAAUGACUUUGUGCAUAUUCAAUGGACAGGAUCAGAUAGAAAUCCCCGCAACAACGCCGGAAAUGGACGAAGGGGCACUGACCGUAACAACAUGGUCAUGCUUAAGAACAAGGUCUACCCUGAAGGAACGCCCGGACUUGCUUACGGUGGACUGGAUGUCCUUGGGCAGUAUGGAGCUAACUAUCCCAUGCACUUGGACAACGUGACCCGCCUGAUCGGGGCCUCGACAGAAACGAGAGCUGUCCUCCAGAAGAUGGCGCUGUUGGCACCCCCCCGAUACAGUGGCAGCAUGGUUCUGCUGGACAAUGCCAAAGCCUACUAUGACGUAGGUCCUCUUCAGUUCGCUAAGGAGGGCGUGUUCCACUUCAUGUGUACCAGGAACAACGCCUUCACCAACAGAAGCCAGAAGGGGAGAAUCAUCGUUCGUGACGCUUCUUCAAAAUAGGUCACAACUUCGCUUGCAUGAGAUCUAGAGUGCUUUCUUUCUUUUGAUAUUAAUUAAGGACAGCAAUGAUCCACGUAGAAUUUCAGAAUAUUUAAAAACACUCUUUGAAAUAAAUUAAAUGCGGUUUUGAAGUCCGACUGGCUCAUAAGUAAUAUCUUAGUCUGUCAGAAAUUUUGGAAUAUGGAAACUCUGAUUUGACAGCCUUAUCGAAAAUUAUUACAAGAACGGAAGGUAAUAUUCUGCUAGUGUGGUUUGGUAAUGCCAAGAAAAGUUUGCAAUGAUAUAAAUUAACCGGUGCGGGCAUUCCUGAUUCAAAUGUGGAACAAGAAAUAGGCUUGAU